AUGUUUCCCCUCCUACAACGAUGCUGCUUCCACACACCUUUCAAACUCCGGAAGUUAACCGGUCCCAGACUGCUACUGUAUGGAAAGAAUAAGACAACUUGCUCUUCUCUUGGCCUCCGUCUGCAGAGAGAUGUGUAUCUUCUCGCAAGAUCUCCAAGCCUCAACCCAGCAUCAGUAUGUGCAAUCAAGCUCCAGGCUUUUCACACCUCUCCCCCCUUCUUCAAGAAGAAAACCCCCAAAGAAUCUGAGACCAAACACUCGGGCAUAUUGGAACAAAGCAUGAAAUCACUAAAGGAUUCUCCAAAGCCAGCCCUUUACUUAAGCCUCGCAGGGCUAAUUCCAUUUGUUUCUGUGCCACUGUCAAUGGCCAUCCAAGGGACCUACUACCCAGAGCUGGCGUUUGCUCAGGUUACAUUUGGUGCCGUAACAGUCUCUUUCCUAGGAGGAAUGAGGUGGGGGUUUGCUCUCCCAGAAAACAGCCCGGCCAAACCAGACUGGCUGAACCUGGCUAACAGUACAAUUCCUCUUCUACUUGCCUGGCAAGCCUUACUUUUUAAAGAUAUCACUCAUGGUGCAGUAAUGCUAGUAAUGGCCUUAGGGAUAGCACUACAUUAUGACAUUUCCCUUCUUCCUCCUUAUCCUAGGUGGUUUAAAGUACUGAGGGUAGCGGGAACAGUGGUGAUGGUAUUAUCACUAUUAGCUACUGCAGCGUUGAAGACUAUUUCAGAGAAGCAGCUAAGUAACAACAGAAAUAAAUGGCAGAACACAAAAUAA